AUGUUACUCACUGAAGGGUUGGUGUCAUUUGAGGAUGUGGCUGUGGACUUCACCUGGGAGGAGUGGCAGGAAUUGAAUGAUGCUCAGAGGACUUUGUACAGGGAUGUGAUGCUUGAGACCUACAGCAGCCUGGUGUCUUUGGGGCACUGCAUUAGUAAACCUGAGGUGAUACUCAAGUUGGAGAAAGGAGAAGAACCAUGGAUGAUAGAAGAAAACCCAAACCAGAGCCUCCCAGAUGUCCUGAUAGUCAGUGACUUAAUUGAGAGAAGCAAAGAAAGUCAUGGUAGAUACUUGUGGCAAGGUGUAAUCAUCAAUGGUAACCGUUCAUCUGAGGAGAGAGUGGAGUUAGGAAAAUCGCUUAAUUUGAGUCCAAAGCAUAUUUUAAAUUUGGUUAUAAAUAAUGGAAACUAUUCAGGAGUGGGGCAUGAGGAGUUUAACAUAUGUCAGAAUGCACUUCUUCCAGAGACUGAUACCAUGCAUGCUGGAGAGAAACCUGAUGAGCCUAAUAUAUCCGAGAAAUUACAGAGACAUCAUGAGCAUCUUAGUCAACAUCCCAAGAUUCCAACUGGGGAACCUUUUGAAUAUAGUGGAAAAGGAAGAUCCUCCAACACAGUGCCAAUAAUAUUUACAUGUAAGAAGGUUCAUAUGGGUGAGACCACCUGUAAAUAUUGUGAAUAUGGGAAAGCCUGUAAUAAGUCAGCUGUCAUUGCCCAAGAGAUAACUCAGGUAGAGAAGAUAACUUUUCAUUGUGAUGUAUGUGAGAAAAUGUUCUAUAAAAAGACUAAACUUACACAACACCAGAUUAUACACACAGGAGAGAAACAUGAUAAAUACAGUGAAUGUCAUACAUCUUUUAUUAAGAAAUCAUACCUUAUCUCAUAUCAGGGAACAUCUACAGGGAAGCAGUUUCAUCCAUGUAAUGAACAGGAGAAAUUUUUGUAUCAAAAGUCAGACUUUACUGUGCAUCACAGAAUUCCCAUAGAGGAAAUGUCCUAUGGAUUUAUUAAGUGUGCCAAAAACUUUCAUGAGAAUUCACUUCUCAGCUGUCAUCAGGCAAUUCACACAGUGAAAAAUCUUGUGAAUGUAAUGGAUGUAAAAAAUCUUUCUACC